AUGGCCGGGGCCAAGCCGGGAGUCCAUGCGCUGCAGCUCAAACCCGUGUCCGUCCACGAAGCGCUGAAGAAGGGGGGCAAGUUCGUCAAAUGGGACGAGGAGCCAAACAGUGGGCAGCCCACCUUGGUAACCCUGAAAGUCGACCCAGAUGGAUUCUUCCUCUACUGGACUGGAGGGUCCAACCUGGAGGUGGAGAUUCUGGACAUUAGCACCAUCAGGGACACGAGAACAGGAAAAUACGCCAAACAACCAAAGGACGCGAAGCUGCGAGAUUUGCUGGGCUUCAGUAAGGGUGACGGCGUCGAGGCGAAGCUGGUAACCAUCGUCCAUGGCAAUGACCUUGUGAACACCUCUUUCCUCAACUUCCAGGCUACGCAGGACGGUGCAGCCAAGAUUUGGACAGAUGAGCUGUUCACUUUGGCCACAAACAUACUUUCCCAGAAUGCAUCACGGAACACCUUCCUCCUCAAAGCGUACACUAAGUUAAGGUUGCAGGUGAAUCAGGAUGGGAAGAUCCCUGUGAAGAAUGUUCUCAAGAUGUUUUCAGAUAAAAAGAGAGUGGAGACGGCUCUGGAGCAGUGUGGCCUCCUCUAUAACAAGGGAGAGGGACUCAAGCCAGAUGAUUUCACGUGGGAGGCCUUCCAGAGGUUUCUCGACAGCCUCUGUCUCCGGCCCGAGAUACAAGCCAUCUUUGAGGAAAGUGGCUCCAAGAGGAAGCCAUUCAUCUCUUUGGACCAGCUGAUGGACUUCAUCAACCGCAGGCAGCGAGACUCCAGACUGAACGAGGUGCUGUACCCCCCGCUGAAAAGAGAGCAGGUCCGACAGAUCAUGGAGAAAUAUGAGACUAACACCGGCCAGCUGGACAGAGACCAGAUCAGUUUGCAGGCUUUCGCUCGGUAUCUGGGAGGAGAGGAAAACGGCGUCGUACCUCCAGAGAGGCUGGAUGUCAUCGACGACAUGAACCAACCGCUGUCUCACUACUUUAUCAACUCCUCACACAACACAUACCUCACAGUGGGUCAGCUGACCGGUCUGUCGUCGGUGGAAAUGUACAGGCAGGUGCUGCUGACCGGCUGUCGCUGUGUAGAGCUGGACUGCUGGAAGGGCCGGCCACAAGACGAGGAGCCCUACAUCACCCACGGCUUCACCAUGACCACUGAGAUCCCCUUUAAGGAGGUGAUUGAAGCGAUAGCAGAGAGUGCUUUCAAGACCUCACCAUACCCCCUCAUCCUGUCCUUUGAAAACCACGUAGAUUCGGCCAAGCAGCAGGCCAAAAUGGCAGAGUACUGCAGGACCAUCUUUGGAGACGCACUGCUCAUUGAUCCACUUGAGAAAUAUCCACUGGAGCCCGGUCAGGCGCUCCCCUCGCCGCAGGAGAUGCUCGGGAAGAUUCUCAUUAAAAACAAGAAGAAGCACCACCAUCACCGACCCUCGAGUGGUGGCAGCAUACGGCGCAGGGAGCAGGAGGAGCAAUCGUCGCCCAACAACGACUGUCCUUUAAAUGACAGUGACGGAAGUCAGCUCCUGUCCAACGGGGAGGAGAAGCUGGCCGAGAGGAUGGCGAAAGACUCUGAGCCUCGCAAGUCCAUAGGAGGUGAAGGAGAGAGCGAGGAGGAGGAUGAGGACGAACCAACGACUGAGCUGAAAAAGCCAAACUCUGACGAGGGUACGGCCAGCAGUGAGGUGAACGCCACGGAGGAGAUGUCGACACUCGUCAACUACAUCGAACCUGUGAAAUUCAAAAGUUUCGAAGUGGCGAACAAGAGGAAGAAGUUCUUUGAGAUGUCAUCGUUCGUGGAAACGAAAGGAAUGGACACGCUGAAGAGCUCCCCCAUCGAGUUUGUCGAGUACAACAAGAAUCAGCUGAGUCGAAUCUACCCUAAAGGAACGAGGGUGGACAGCUCCAACUACAUGCCUCAGCUCUUCUGGAACGUCGGCUGCCAGAUGGUGGCGCUAAACUUCCAGACUCUAGACCUCCCGAUGCAGCUGAACAUGGGCGUGUUCGAAUACAACGGCGGAAGCGGCUACCUGCUGAAGCCUGAGUUCAUGAGGAGAACAGACAAACACUUUGACCCCUUUACAGAAAACAUUGUGGAUGGGAUAGUCGCCAAUACUGUCAAAAUUAAGGUGGUCUCAGGUCAGUUCCUGACAGAUAAAAAGGUGGGCGUCUACGUGGAAGUGGACAUGUUUGGACUUCCUGCUGAUACAAAGAGGAAGUACAGAACUAAAACAUCCAAUGGGAACUCGCUGGACCCCGUGUGGGACGAUGAAACGUUUGUGUUUAAUAAGGUGGUCCUCCCUACACUGGCCUCUCUCAGGAUAGCAGUGUUUGAAGAAAACGGCAAGUUUAUCGGACACCGGAUCCUCCCCGUGUCGGCUGUUAGACCUGGCUACCACUACAUCAACCUGAAGAAUGAGCUGAAUCAGCCGCUCCUGUUGCCCUCUCUGCUGGUUUACACUGAAGCUCAGGACUACAUCCCAAAUGAACACCAGGAGUACGCAGAGGCUCUGACCAACCCCAUUAAGCACAUCAGUCAGUUGCACAAGAGAGAGACGCAGCUGGCUGUUCUCAUAGACGAAACGAGUGAGUACGUCCCCAACCAGCCUAAAGAGGGAGAGAUCAGGAGAGAGAGUGACGUCAAUCCUGGUGGUCGACUAAUUGCCCCGUUUCCUGCCGGCCCCCCUUUCCCAUUGGAGGAUGCCCCUGAUGUCAUCAAAUUACCAACACCAGCACAAAAUCCGAAAGAAGACCUCAUAAGCACUGUUCUGACAGACGUCCAGGCUCAGCCCAUAGAGGAGUUAAAAACACAGAAAGGCUACGUGAAGCUGCUGAAGAAACAGAGCAAAGAAGUCAAAGAGAUGCACAAGAAACACCUCAAAAAGGUGUGGAAUCUGAGCAAAGAGCAGAAGAGUCGGACUAGUCAGAUUCAAUCUGACACCCAGAGGAGACGCAGUCAGAUGGAGAAACACCUCAAACGUAGCAUCAAGAAAAACGAGCCCCAGGAGCCGAUGCAGCGUGAACUGAUCGAGCUGGAUCAGGAGUUAGAGAAGCAGACGGUGCAGCUGAGGGAAUGGCAGAUGCAAGAGCUGCUGAAGCUCCGGCAGUCUCUUCACCUACUGGAGAGAGAGAAGCAACAAGCGCACCUGCAAGAGGCCUUCCAGAAGUUAAAGGAGACGGCCCAUGAAUGCCAAGCAGCUCAGCUGAAGAAGCUCAGGGACCUGUGCGAGAGGGAGAAGAAAGAGCUCCAGAAGAUCCUGGACAGGAAGCGACAGUCCAGCAUCAGUGAAGCCAAGAGUCGUGAAAAAGACAAGGCUGAGACGGAACUGAAUGAGAUCAACAGGAAACAUAUUCAAGAUUCGGUCUCCUUAAUCCGUGGGCUGGAGGAGGCUCAGGGCAGGAGGCAGGAAAAGCUGAUGAUGAGGCAGCGGGAGGUGCUGCAGCACAUUGACGACGAACUUCCAGUGCUCAAGACUCAGUUGGAGAAGGAACUGGAUGAGGAAUAUCAGCGACUACCAGAGGAGAUCUGCCAGCACCUUCAGUUGGAGCUCCAGAAUAAAGGUCUCCGACAGGACGCCCUGUUCUCACACUUGUCCAAUCACAGCAGCCCUACCCCGAGCUCCGGCUCGGGCCCGCCCUCCAACUGCUCUACGCCCUCUUACCCAUCAACGCCUAAUCGGAGUACCAGGAACAGGAGCAUGGACAAUAGCAUUCCCUCAUUGGCCGAUUCCACUUCCUCCUCAUCCAACACUCCCGUCCUGUCAGAGACGGAGCUGUCGUUCAGUUAGAAUUAUUACUUGUAAAAAGGAAAAUACUUACAUUCAACUGGGGUCUAUAAUGAUUAUAAUGUGGGAUAGUAAUGAUAUUAAUUAUUAACUAAUUUUAUUCCUUUUUUUUAUUAUUACAGACUGUUCUUGUCUACAGAGCUAUAUUAUUUUUUAUUUUGCUGUUUUUGUCAGAUGACACAUCACGCCUUUUGUCGGGCGAUUUCAUAAGAAUCAUAACCAAACUUUUUAUUUUUUACAUUUUCUUUUUGUCUCUUGUGCUUUUAAUGUCACAUCCUUUCAUCCUCUUUUUUUCUUAUCAUCAUUUCCAUUUUCAUCCGGUCAGUCAGCUUUACUGUGGUGUUGCCAGACUACAAGCUUUAUGUUCACACUUAUGUCUGUGAAGCUUUAACCUCGUACUUUUGUGACACUUUUGUGACGCUUUAAACUGCGUAGAGAGAGAGAGAGGAACAGUGGCCGCCUUUGUUCAGGAAAACUUUGCAUCAUACAUACAGUUGGCCCAAAUGAUUAAGGUUGAGAAAAAGUAACUCUCACUACAGAUUUUUGAUAUUUUGUUCGUAGCGACAUUUGACUAAGAUUGCUUCAUAAAGGCUUCACAUGCUGCAAAUGGAUAAGCAAUUUAAAACACUGAAUGCUACAAAUGAAUGUCAAAAACUGCACAUCUUUUUACAACUUUUCCAUGUUUGCAAGUAAAAAUGUUAAGGAGGUAUUUUCUAGAAUUUGAGGUAACGUAAAGGAAAAGGGGUUUUGAAUUUCUUCAUCCGGAUCCAGACUUAAAAAUGAGUUUUAAAGUUUCUGUUUUAGCUGUAAUGUCAGUAGCUGACCAGCAAGCGGUGCUGCAGCCUUAACUGUUUGUUAAAUUGGUGAAUUGAGCUCAGCCUGAUUAUCCUAUUAUAUUGUACCCCAACACACACACACACACACACACACACACACCUGUUUCAACAGGAUUUGCAGCGUCAUUGUUUUGGAUAAAGUCUCUCACCUUUAAUCUCCAAUCAAAAUCUAGCCAAGGUCGCAUCAUGGGUGACCAGCAGACAUCCAUCUGGCCAGAAUCAAGUGUGUGUGUGUGUGUGUGUGUGUGUGUGUGUGUGUGUGUGUUUGAGUUUGAGGGUAAAGAAGGGAGGGUUUAAGUGAUGUAACAUUCACUUUCGCGCGCGCACACACACACACACACAUGCUUGACUUAAUCUCUUGAUGAGACAUCUGCUUUUCGACAGUAAUACUUCCUACCAAAUAGAAAGAGACUACUCAGUGUAUGUGUGUGUUCAUGUGUGUGUUGGGCCAGUUAGUUAGCCACUUUUGCAGCCUGCCGAGGGACACCAUGCAGUAAUCUUAAACAGAAAAGCCACAGUAGAUUUCAGAUGACGACUUAAAGCCGCACUAUGACAUUUUAAUUUAAAAAACUCGGCUCAUAUUUUGAGCCUGAAUCACCAAAAUCAGGCAAACACACAAGGGUAUUCCUUUCCCUUCCCAUCGAAACACUAGAUUUGCUCAGUUUGACAAAUUAUUAUUUGUCUGGCAUUUAAUAAUGUGGUACUAAGUCCUGUCACAGCUCAGAAAGUGACCACUUAGCCAACAACAUUGACUUAAGGUGUGCAGAAGUCAGUUUUAGUUUUUCUGAUGCUUUAAUUUCACUGAAGUUACCUCUUAUUGUCGUCAGGGGCCAACGUGUGUUCAUGCGUGUGUCAGUGCACAUAAAAAACAGCUCAUGUAUAUUCUAUUUCCAAUUAAUUUUCCUUUUUAAGCCCACACAAAUAAUGACAGUGGGAUUGCGGUGCACAAACUAAACGCUAGUUUAAGUUCAGAUUCUGUUUUUGUCUCUGUCAAAGCUUCCUCGCUCUUUUUUUUCAUCCUUUCCAGGAAGACUUUUUUUAUUCUUUUUUUUGUGUUCAUGUUUUUUCUCUCUCGUCUUGUCCGCUUGGAGAGGUAAAAUGACGGCACUCUGUUUAUAUGUUUUCUGUGUAUAUGUUUGGUUUUAUGUGAAUUUUACUACUGACCACCAGUGCUGAAGAGGGAUGGAGGAGGAGGAGGAGGAGGAGAGAGCUUUAGGGAAGAAUUCAAUUGCUUUUUCUCAAAAGAAAAGAUUGUUUUUCGAUGAGAUUCAGCGAGCCUGGUCUUGUCCUCUCCCAACCUCCGGCCUCCCUCCUUCAACAAGCACUGGCUGCCUGUCUGUCUGAUUAUUCCUCCUCACACGAAAGCCUUUGUAAACGUAUCAUCUAUUUAAAUGGAAUUUUAACGACUUUUUCUUUUGUGGUUUUUAUUGAUGGAAGAUCUGUAUCCAUUAAGUCAGUUAACAAUUUACAGAGUGUAAAAUGUUUUCAUGUGUGCAUCUUUUAAGCAUUUGGGUGUGCUUGAAAUCAGCACAGAGCUCUGCUUUUUCCAUAAAGAGAGCAUCUUAAAAGCCAAUAACGGAUAUGAAAUUGUUGGUUUAACUUAUGGGUCAUUAGUAGGAUGGCAAAAACGACACACACCUGCCGGGGUCAGCAAUUUCUUUAAAUGAAUCCACUGACCUUUUUGAUCUGUGAUAAUUUAGCAGUUGAGGAUUGUCAGCACGUUCACCUCUGGCUGUCCCGCACUCAGCGUGCCACACUGCACUACAGUAUGUAAAUAUUCUUUGCUCUGUUAUCUCAUUUGUGACACUAAUGUAUACGGUGUGGGUGUUGACUUUAUUAAGUGAAGAGGUGAAACUGCCACCGGUCUUAUCAAACCUGAAGGUUUAUUUCUUGAAAAAGAAAGUCCAACAUUCCUCACCGGCAUUCCAAGUCCAGUGGCAAGUAUUAACAUUUGUACUUUAUCAGGUACUCACUUCAUUCUUUAUGUUUAAGGUGAAAAAUCAUUUUGGUACAACCCCUGUCAUCUGAGACUCUUCAUGUUUAAAUGCACUUUCAUUCUCUGUUUUUGUUGCUUGUAAAAAAUCUUCUGUUCCUGUGACAUGGACAUCAAUACAACCACUUUCCAAUGAUUUUUA